GUUGUUUUGUUUUCAGUAAGAAAAAUGCCUCAAUAACAGCAAUCUGUGCAUAUGGAUAAGUGAAUCUAAUGCAAUGGACGAACUAGUAAGGAAAAUAGAAGACAUCAAAUCGCAAUUGAAUGAGACAUGCAGACAAGAAAAAGAAUGUAAUCGACUGAAGCUUGAAAAUACCAUCAAGUUUCCAAUGUCAGCUUUAGUACCAGAUCCGCUUCAUGAUCAAAUUGUAUCCCAAAUUUCUCAAAACAAACUGAACUUAAUGAGUCAAUUGAAGAGUAACGAAUUUCGGCUUUCUCAGAUGCGAUAUUCUCAAAACAUCCACAAUUUGAACAGCCACAGUGCUCAUCAAUUCAUUCAACAGCCGAAUAGCUUUACCCCACUCAGACCUUCCAUGCAACAACAAAACUUCCAUCAAUUUUCCAGCAGAAGUGCCCAUGAAAUAGGUGGUCAUCUCGCUAGGCCGAGGCCUCCGUUCGGUGGAAGUCUGCCACGGGGCUUGAGACCGAUAGAAGUUCAUCGCAAUGUUGGAGGAUUGCAGGAGGGAAGCAGCGAAUUUAUUUUUAAGAAGCCCAACGUAGAUUCCAGUAAUAACAGUCAAGAGUUUCUGCAUCCUAGAAACCCUGCUCCAUGUUCGGUCAGAUUAGACAAUAGUCCUCCAGGUGAAAGCAGUGACGGAUACGUUGUCGUGAACCACUCCAUGUUCAACCGCCAUCGAUAUGAAACAGAUCCAGAGUUCAAGGACUGGUGCAUCAAGUACAACAUUGUUGUCUUAAAUAAAAGCCCAGAUAGAACAAAAUUGGUCAAAGAACCUCAUGUUGUGACUUCUAACCGUCUGCAUGCCCCUGAAAGGAAUGACCGACCUUUGCACCGUACUGUGUCAAAUUACAGCAGACCUGAAGCUGCUAUGGUUAAUCCGCGUGAUGGGCUACGCAACGGGAAUUUAAGAAGCAGUUCAAAUGAUCUUUCUGUCAUUCAGAUAGAUCAUUACAGUCGAGAGUUUUUCGACGAAAACCAUGGACCCGACCCUAGUCAUCCGUACUAUCACAUAUGGUAUACUAAGUUCAUCAAGAAAGCACCUCGUGACUACGACGAGAGAAUGCUUUCUUCAAUACAAGUAGAGCCGAAACCAAAUCCAUUGCAGUUCAAAAAGAGAUUAGAUGAUAUGCCCCAUAGAAGACUGGGUAACAGCAGUAGAAAUUUCGAUCACAGAGUGGCUACGCCUUCGCCACCUGAGCCGCCCUCUAUGCCUCGAUAUCAUCUUUCUAGACAAGAUCAUCAAGUUGCGAGGACUGAUGCAAUGUUCAAUAAACAUCCAGUAAUGUCUGCAGACAUAGAUGAGCGUCAAUCUAGUAGGGUGAUAUGUUCUACACCCGAACCACCGCAGCCAAUAAAUUCAACUCCACCUCCACCCCCUCCCCCAAUGGUGCCACCCCCCGAGGCACCCGAGAAACCAGCAGAUGUAUACCAGUUGGACCAGAUGUUGUCGGUGCCUGGAAGGAAGGAGCAACAGAGACUCAGAAAUAGUCUCAUCAUCAUGCGCGGACCUCCAGGGUCGGGGAAAUCAUAUAUCGCCAAACUCAUCAAGGACAAAGAAACAGCAGCAGGUAUGACUGCACCUCGGAUCCUAUCAAUAGAUGACUACUUCAUGGUGUCAGACGACAGCACCCCCAAGGGAGGAAAGGGUGGGGGCAUGGUGUACGAAUAUGAGGAGGAUAUGGAGACUGUCUACUUGAGUGCCCUAUGUAAGGCCCUAUCUAAGGUGGUGGCUGAGGGCAGUGACAGACUGAUCAUUGUCGAUGCAUGCAAUCAUCUCCAGGAUCAUUUCACGCAAUUUGUCCAAGUAGCCCAGAAGUCACUUAUGAAGACGUAUAUAAUAGAAAUGCAGCCACCAAUGAGUGUAUGUGUGGAACAGAACAUUCAUGGAAGAACUGAAGUUGAUAUCAAGAACAUCAUCGAGAACUGGGAAGAGGCUCCUAACUCAAUUCCAAGGCUGGACCCCUCCCACUUCAUGAGUUCCAGAGCACUGGAGCAGGCUAAAGAAAAUGACAAGAAGGUGGAAAUGACUAAGGGAAAGAGUGCGAACAAUGUAGAAGGAAGAAAGGGAAAUGUAAGCCAAUCCAGCAGUAGCAGACCAGCCCCUCCAGACAAAUCUCAAAUUGAGCCGAGAAAGAGACAAAGGAGCGACAGCAUGGAAAUGUCCGACGCAGAGGACACCAUUGAUGACGUCAUAAUCCAGACGAACCCGACAACUGCGAAGAAGCCCACCAGUGAAGAUUACUAUCAGCCGGCGGAGCCAACAGUCUCGCCAUCUCAUUCUUUUGACACUCAGCAAUUAGUCUGCGAGGAGUCGGACCCGCCUCUUCCGUCCAAAGUACAAACACCCAACGAUUCGGACCCGUUCGAAUCGGAGGGUUCGGAAUCCGAGUCUGAAUUUGAGUCUCGUUGCUCCUUCUUACCAAUUAAAAGCAAGUGGGAAAACACUGAUAACUCUGAAAACGCACUCGAUCGUAUGGACGGUGUCAUCGGAGUUUCGAAGGGAACCACUGAGAACAAGAUGCCGCGUGAGUCGAUCGAGGACUUCCUGAACAGCUGCGGUGACUCAUACUCGAAACGCAAGUCAAACGCCAAAGCGGGAAAGAAGAGGGUGCGCUGGGCGGACGUCGAGGAGAGACAGGACCUGGAGAAAGAGAAGCGACUGGGAUUCAUCGUCGGCCAUACAAACUGGGACAGGCUGAGGGACGAUAACGAGGAGGAACUCACCACACGCGCACUAACCAAGACAAAGUUCAUAUAACCGACAGGCCAUAUGGCCGAAAGAUGCAGUUUAUCCACGCAGUCAGUAUCCAAGCAGAAGGUGAAAUAAUGGACUACGAGAACUGGCUUUAAGUCAGGCGAAUACAAUUGAAGCUCCAUUACAUCAUAAUGAGUAGCGACAGAGAGUGAGGCCGUGAUUUCAGAACUCGUUCAGAAAAAUAACGAAAAACUUAAGACACUAACAAUAAACGUUUGAUUUGAACUCGUAUUUAGUUUUCUUUUAACUUCAAAACUUUCUGUAAAUGGAUUUCAAUAAUU